AUGGGCUGUCUGAAGCAUUACGGUCACGAACUGAUUCCACAAGGCGCUCCACUGAGCAAUGCUAUCCGCCGGGAAAUCGCUGAUUAUCUUUUGUCUGGUCAUGAUGAGAACGAGAUUGUCGAAAUAAUGAGAAAGAAUAGUGACGUCACUGACCGAAGACAUUACAUUCAAAAUUACGAGGUUCGAAAUGUACUAAAGAAGUUGCAAAUCGCGGAUACCGAUUCUUACAAUUUAAUUCGAGUGAAGAAGCGAAGUGAUUCAAUGGAUGAAGAGGACAUUGAAGAGAUUCGAGUCACACCUUCAUACACUUUAAAUGAGAAACUCGUGCGAUCUGAGGAAACCUCUUCCUAG